AUAUGGACGUGUUGAAAGUGUCAAAAUACUCCCUAAGCGGGGGUCGGAAGGCGGAGUGGCAGCGUUUGUGGAUUUUGUGGACAUCAAAAGUGCGCAGAAGGCACACAACUCUGUCAACAAAAUGGGAGAUAGAGACCUACGGACGGAUUAUAAUGAACCAGGAACCAUUCCCAGUGCUGCUCGGGGAUUGGAUGAUACAGUUUCCAUAGCAUCUCGUAGUAGAGAGGUUUCUGGGUUCAGAGGAGGUGGGGGGGGGCCCACUUACGGUCCCCCACCAUCACUUCAUGCACGGGAAGGACGUUAUGAGCGGAGACUUGAUGGGUAAGUUCCAAGGUUUCUCUAGGCAGGUAUUUUGUAUUUGAUAUGGUGAGAAACACAAACUCGUAUCUAGGGCCCCCAGAUGGAUUUAAAAUUUUGGGAAUUAUCUAUGUUUCCUAUUUUGGGUUGGAAACGGAAGUGAUUUCUAUCCCAGUGGCUGGUACCUUGUGGAUCCAUAGAGGAUGUUUUCUGCAGCUGGUUGGAUAUCUACACUUGAAAUAAGGUGGUUUUAAGAUGGAAGAUUUCCUUUGGCCAGCAUCGAUAUUGGAGUUACUCUUUUCUAGACGUAACGAUUCCAUUUCUUGGAUAAUAUUAAGGCCUUGCUCGGAUGUAUCCCUGCUGCCAGAUGGAGCUAUCUUACUCUACAACAUGUGGUGAAGUUCUCUGUGGAGUAUCUUCGGAAUACUAGAACCUAAAAUUCUGUGAAAGCUUGAUGCCUAGUUCUCAGUUCUCACUAUACGCAGUUGGUAUGUUAAUUGGAUUGUCACCACAAAAUUUCUAGUAGACUUUAAUGAUGCAGCCCCUUGGAUUCUACAGACAACACUUAGCCAUGGAAAUAAUAACGCUUGGAUGGAGAAGACUGAAGGCAGCUUGUGAUGUUUCCAUUUUGGAUCUACAUCAUUUCCAAGUUAAUGGGAUUAUUCUUUCUGAUGGUAUUGGCAAAAAGAGAUGAUGGACAUUACUAAAUUUUGGAAAUUAUAGUGGUUUUUGUUUUUUUUUAAUGCUGGGAUAAGAACUACUGCCUUGAAUUUAUUGGAUGGUAUACAGUCAAGACGCCAGUAGCCAUGGGGAGUGGAUUACUGUCUAGUCUCUUAAAAAGCUCUUUGCUACUCCACAUUAAACAUACUCUAGUUUUAAGGACAUGGUGCUAAUGCCAGUUUGUGGAUACGCCAGUGAAAAAUGACUGGGCUGGAUGGUUACAAAGGCGGCUAGAGGAGAGGAUGCCUGCUGGCCAGCAGCGAUGAGUGCCUCGUGCAUUGGGUGAUCUUCUACCAGCUGCUUGAUUCAGACAUAGGGCUGGAAAUUAAAAUAAUGGAUCUAUUUAAGUGCCUUCUGUCUCAAGAAAGAAGUCUGGGGGUUUCAGAGUUAUGGUUUCAGUCUGGGACUACUUCCUUCCUGUGGAAUUUUUUAUUUUUGUCUUGUCACUAAGAUUUUUUUUUUUCUUGUUGGUUCAUCUAAAAUAUCAUUUGACACCCUUGCCCAUUAAGAAGGUGGAUUACCCCUGUAAGAGGGGCCAAAAUUGGGGAAGUUAUGUUCACAAUUCUCUCCCUAGAUUUAAUUGGGAAUAUAGGUCGUGUUUCCACACUUGGAAAAGGGCUUCAGAUAACAGGGAGCGUGCUUAUGAACAUAGUGCCUAUGGACACCAUGAGCGGGGGACGGGAGGAUUUGAUCGGACGAGACAUUACGAUCAGGAUUACUAUAGAGAUCCUCGAGAGCGGACUUUACAACAUGGGCUCUAUUAUACUUCUCGGAGUCGAAGUCCAAACCGUUUUGAUGCUCACGACCCCCGUUACGAACCUAGGGCCCGGGAGCAGUUUACAUUGCCCAGUGUGGUACACAGGGAUAUCUACAGGGAUGAUAUUACACGGGAGGUACGAGGCAGAAGGCCGGAGAGGAAUUACCAGCACAGCAGGAGUCGGUCACCGCAUUCGUCCCAGUCCAGGACCCAGUCCCCGCAGAGGCUGGCCAGCCAGGCGUCCAGACCCACUCGUUCCCCCAGUGGCAGUGGAUCCAGGAGCAGAUCUUCCAGCAGCGACUCCAUCAGCAGCAGCAGCAGUACCAGCAGCGACAGCAGUGACUCCAGCAGCAGCUCGAGCGACGAGUCCCCAGCACGGUCAGUUCAAUCAACAGCCGUCCCAGCGCCCGCGUCCCAGCUGCUUCCAUCUCUGGAGAAAGAUGAACCCCGGAAAAGUUUUGGGAUCAAGGUUCAAAAUCUUCCAGUGCGCUCAACAGAUACAAGCCUUAAAGAUGGACUUUUCCAUGAAUUCAAGAAGUACGGAAAGGUGACAUCAGUGCAGAUUCACGGGGCUUCUGAGGAACGGUAUGGACUGGUGUUCUUCCGACAGCAGGAGGACCAGGAAAAAGCACUAAAUGCCUCAAAAGGAAAACUUUUCUUUGGCAUGCAGAUUGAAGUCACAGCCUGGAUAGGACCAGAAACAGAAAGCGAGAAUGAAUUUCGUCCUUUGGAUGAAAGGAUAGAUGAGUUUCACCCGAAAGCAACGAGAACUCUCUUCAUUGGCAACCUGGAGAAAACAACCACCUACCAUGACCUUCGCAACAUCUUUCAGCGCUUCGGUGGAAUAGUGGAUAUUGACAUUAAGAAAGUGAACGGUGUUCCUCAGUAUGCAUUCCUGCAGUACUGUGAUAUUGCAAGUGUGUGUAAAGCAAUUAAGAAGAUGGAUGGGGAAUAUCUUGGAAAUAACCGGCUCAAGCUGGGUUUUGGAAAGAGCAUGCCUACAAACUGCGUGUGGUUAGAUGGUCUUUCUACAAACGUUACGGAUCAGUAUUUAACUCGACAUUUCUGCCGAUAUGGGCCUGUGGUAAAGGUGGACUUUGCAAAUCGAGAAAGUCAGUUGGCAUUUUAUCAUUCCAUGGAGAAAACGGGUCAAGAUAUCAGAGACUUUUAUGAAAUGCUGGCAGAAAGAAGCAGAGAUGAAAGAAGAGGAUCUUACGAAUAUGCCCCUGAUCGUACUUACUAUGAGACUGUUCGGACUCCAGGGACGUAUCCUGAAGAUCCUCGGCGAGAAUACCCAGCUCGAGGCAGAGAAUUUUAUGCAGAGUGGGAUCCCUACCAAGGAGACUACUAUGACCCACGAUACUACGAUGACCCGCGCGAGUACAGGGAUUACAGAGGCGAUCCGUACGAGCAAGACAUAAGGGAGUACAGCUACAGACAACGGGAGAGAGAGCGGGAGAGGGAACGGUUCGAAUCUGAUCGGGACAGAGACCAUGAACGGAGACCGAUUGAACGGAGCCAGAGUCCCACGCACUCCAGGCGUCCGCAGAGCCCUGGAGCGUCUCCCUCACAAUCGGAACGGCUGCAGAGUGAUUCGGAGAGGAGGAUUUACAGCAGGUCAUCGGAUCGCAGUGGCAGCUGCAGCUCUCUGUCUCCUCCGCGAUAUGACAAGCUCGACAAAGCCCGUGUGGAACGUUACGCAAAAAACGAAAAAACAGAGAAAGAGCGUGCUUUCGACCAGGAGAGAGUCGACAAAGAGAAACGCUUGGUGAGAAAGGAAAAGCCAGAAAAAUUAGAAAAGGAGAAAACCGAUAAGCAAAAACGAAAAGCAAAAAUCCAUUCGCCCAGCUCUCAGUCUUCUGAAACGGAUCAAGAGAAUGAGAGAGAGCCCAGCCCUGAAAAAUUGAAAGGCAACAGUAAACAAAGUAAAGAGAGAGGUGACAAAGAAGGGACAGCUAAAAACCGCCUGGAACUAAUGCCCUGUGUCGUGUUGACCCGAGUUAAAGAAAAGGAAGGGAAAGUUAUUGAUCAGCCCACUUUGGAGAAACUGAGAGCAAAACUUGAUAAUGACACUAUGAAGUCCCCACUUCUUGAACAAAAAACACAGACAUCUCAAGCGGAGCAAACCAAGUCUGAUCAGUCUAAACUGGAACCUGUCAGAACCAAGGUACAAAAAGAGAAGGCAAUUGCCAGUCACGUAGAAGUGGUGGAUAAGGAGGGAAAACUGAAACCCAAAAAGCACUUGAAGACAGAGCAAACUUCCGAGGGGGCAAACGCGGUGGAUUUAGACAAGUUGGAGGCUCGUAAAAGACGUUUUGCCGAUGCAAAUCUGAAGCCUGACAGGCAAAAACUGGACGUAAAAAGAAGCAGCCAAGAUGAGGAAGAUGCGCGCAUGGUUUUGAAAAAGCAGCUUGAUGCAACAGCUUCGUCUAGAGAAACGGCAAUGUUAAGGGAAGGAGAAUUGGAGAGAAAACCCCUGAGGAAGGAGAUGCUGAAAAGGGAAUCUAAAAAACUCAAACUGGAAAGACUUAUUCCUGCUACUAGUCCCAAAGAAAUUCAGGAGACUCUUAAUGUUGGUGGGAUUGGCAUGCGUUCCACUCUCGAUUCGCAGGCGAGGCUGAUGGAGACAGCCGAUGAACCAGGGGAAGUUCAGGAACUCUCUUCUAAAAAAUUGAACCCCGUAAAACCCCAGCAUAAACAGGUACAGCUACUAGACGACCAAGGAACAGAGAGAGAGGACGCAAGGAAGAAUUACUCUGGUCUUCCUGAAGACACACCCGACCAUAAACUUGGCCAAGAGAAACCUCAGUCGACUGAUACGGAGGAGAAAAUUGGCAUUGACAUCGACCACACGCAAAGCUACAGGAAACAAAUGGAGCAAAGUCGCAGGUUAAAACAGCAGCUGGAAAUGGAGAUCGCAAAGUCUGAGAAGUUUGGCAGUCCGAAGAAAGAUGUGGAUGAGUAUGAAAGACGGAGCUUGGUCCACGAGGUGGGAAAACCUCCGCAAGACGUUACCGAUGACUCUCCACCAAGCAAAAGGAAAAAGACUGACCAGUUUGACUUUGAAAUUAGCACUAAAAGAGAAAGAAACUACAGAAGUUCUCGUCAGGUGAGUGAGGACUCCGAGAGGACAUCCUGUUCCCCUAGUAUCAGACACUUCCCUUUUCAUGAAGAUGACGACACGCUCGAUUCUCCGAGGCUAAUGCCAUUAAAGGAAACCAAAGAGUCGCCUAAAAUAGAAGAAAAGAGUCUUUCGUACUCCAACAUGACUGUGAGGGAGGACUCGCUGAAAUUUAAUCCUUAUGAUUCCAGCAGAAGGGAGCAGAUGGCAGAAAUGGCUAAAAUAAAACUAUCCGUACUGAGUUCUGAAGAUGACUCGAGUAGGUGGGAAACACAAGUGAAGCAGGAGCCUGGUAGAGUUGAUACCAGCUUUCCAAGCAGCAUCGUCAAAAGAGACAGCAUACGCAAGCGCUCUGUCCGAGACCUGGAACCUGGGGAGGUGCCUUCAGAUUCGGAUGAUGACAGUGAAAACAAGCCCCAUUCCCCAAAAGCCUCGUCCUUGUUAGAGAGUUCCAGGUUGUCUUUUUUAUUGAGGGACAGAGAAGAGAAGUUACGUGAAAGAGAGGAAAGACUGUCAAGUUCCUUAGAAAGAAAUAAAUUUUACUCUUUUGCAUUGGACAAGACAAUCACACCAGACACAAAGGCCUUGCUUGAAAGAGCUAAAUCUCUGUCUUCGUCCAGAGAAGAAAACUGGUCCUUUCUAGAUUGGGAUUCAAGAUUUGCUAGUUUUAGAAACAAUAAAGACAAAGAGAAGGUUGACUCGGCUCCGAGACCUAUUCCAUCUUGGUAUAUGAAAAAGAAAAAAAUCAGGACCGAUUCAGAAGGUGGAAAACUGGAUGAUAAGAAAGAAGAUCAUAAAGAGGAGGAACAAGAGAGACAGGAACUGUUCGCUUCUCGGUUUUUGCAUAGUUCAAUCUUUGAACAGGACUCCAAGCGCCUGCAGCAUUUAGAGAGAAAAGACGAUGAUCUCGACUUCAUUUCUGGUAGAUUGUAUGGGAGACAGUCUUCCUCUGAUGGGACUAACAGCGCGGCUGAUUUGGUGCAAGAACCAGUGGUUCUCUUCCACAGUAGAUUUAUUGAACUGACACGAAUGCAGCAGAAAGAAAAGGAGAAAGAUCAGAAACCAAAAGAAGUGGAAAAACAGGAAGAUAAAGAAAACCGGCCGAAAACGCCAGAAGCAGUUCCUGAUAGUAAGGAACCAGAACAUAAAACUUCCUCAGUGGUUGGUCCCUCUUCGGUCACUGUCCUACCACAGGAACCAGCACCGGUUGCUUCUGAGAAGGUAGCAAACGAAAAGGUGGUGGUGGAAACAGCUUCUGUAAAAGAAGAAAAACCAUCUGAACCUGCUACUGCAGCAGAGGAACAAAAACCUUUUCCUGAACUUGCUGCUCCUGUCAAAAUCGAACUAUCUGAGCAAACCGAACCCCUGCCAGUCAUAGAAGCUAGUAAAGAAGUUGUUGCUACAACCCUGGCACUGGAGGAAGACGCUGUGGCAGCAGAGCAUCCUUCAUACUUGGAUACCAAGCCUGCUACUCCCAGAACUUCGUUUUCCCGAGCAGACAUCAGUGCAGAUCCAGAACCUGAAGCUGCCCAGUUGAUUCCACCUCCACCCAAGCUAGUUCAGAAGUCCGAUGAGGCCGCUGAACCUAAAGAAGAAAAUCCUCCACCUUCUGCCAACACUGAUGCUAGCAUGAAUCAAAAGGUGGAGGCGGCUGCUGAGGUCCUGCCACCCAUUUCUGACAACGAUAUGGAAGUCGAACCUCCAGUUGUUGUAAAAGAUAAAAAGUCCUACAAGAGUAAGCGCUCCAAGACUCCUGUGCAAUCGGCUGCAGCUAACGUGAUGGAAAAGCCCGUCACGAGAAAGAGCGAAAGAAUUGACCGUGAAAAACUCAAAAGGUCGAGCUCCCCUCGUGGGGAGACGCAGAAACUUUCUGAGUUGAAAGUGGAGGCGGAGAAGGUUUCGAGGAAUGCUGCUAAAUCCCCUAGUUCUGCUACAGAGCCAGAAAACGUGGAGCCAAGCUUGCCGAUAGGCCGGACUAGGCGCAGAAACGUAAGGUCAGUCUAUGCUACCACAGGGGACAAUGAAGGCCCAUCUCCAGUGAAGGACUCUGUGGAGGUCACUAGAUCCACCAGGAAGAGAGUGGAAAAGGAACCACAGGAAACGGUGACAACUGUUCCUACGACCCCAAGGAGGGGAAGACCUCCGAAAACCCGCCGUAAGCCGGAGGAGGACAUCUCUCCAAUAAAGACAGAACCGGUACAGCAAGAGGCGGAGGAGGCUGAAACUAAAGAUGCCGUGGAAGCUCCUAAGCCUGCAGAAGGUUGGAGGUCUCCUAGAUCCCAGAAGUUAACACACAGUCACUCAUCCGCUGCUACCAGCCAACAGGGGAAGAAAGGGAAGAACGAACCAAAAGCCGAUACUUCAGCUGAAUCUGAAGAUGCUGCUGAAAGGAGCGGUCAGGAAUCGAGCGUCGGUGACAACAGCAAUAAAGCAAAAGCCACUGAGAAAGAACCGGCAGUGAGCGAGCAGAAACGUGAUCGGAAAGAACUGGAUGUGGAGAAGAACCAGCUAGAAAUCCCCACAGUUGAGAUCAUUGAGAAGAAGCCGGUGCCAGAAAAGGUUACGAAAUCCAAAAGGGGAAGGUAUAAAAAUACCAAAACUGUUGUAGAUAAAGCAUCCGUGUGUCUCAAAAAUGUAGAAAUACGCCUCAACGUGGACGAAGUCAAGGGUGCCUUGCGGCCAACUGAUGAAGAGGCAGAGCCGGUGGCAGUGUCGCCGGCCAAAAUGAAGAACCCCCCAAAAGAGGACAUCUUGCCACCCCAUUUUGCUAAGAACGAGGUAGAAGAUUCAUUCCCAGAAACAGAAAAAGAGGUGCUGCGGGAACCAAAGCAGUCCCCUGAAGCUGCCCAGUUAGCAAAACAGAUCGAACUCGAGCAGGCUGUGGAGAAUAUUGCAAAACUCACCGAAACUCCUCCAUCAAUUUCUACCUACAAAGAGCCGGCAGCAGACGUGCCUGAAGUGCGUCAGGAGGAGGAAGGAGAUAAACCCGCACAUCAGGCUAGUGAAACGGAGCUGGCAGCAGCCAUCGGCUCCAUCAUCAAUGAUAUUUCUGGAGAGACAGAAAGCUUUCCUGCACCCUCGACGUAUCCUGCUGAAUCGGAAGCCGAAAUCCCCGCAGAGCCCUUGGUGUUACCAUCCCCUCGGGAGGAGAUGGAGCCCGAGACUGAUCAGGCGGUAAAUAAUAUCCUAGAAACUGAGGCUGCCGUCGAGCCCGCGGUGCAGCCGGUUCCCAGCUCUGCCCCUUCAGCGGUAGAGACGGAGAGCAAGGAGGCCGAAGUCAGCUUCAGCGAAUCUUCCAACUCUGCGCAGGAGACUGAGACCUUGCAGGAGGCUGAAGUUGCUCGGAAGGAAAAGGGCCGUCAGAAAACCACGCGGCAGAGACGCAAAAGGAGCACGGGCAGAAAGGGCGACACUGCUGAAGUCAAUGCUUUCGAGCCUGAGAGAGUGCAGAGCAAGUCGCCCCCUGCCAACGAAGUAAAGGCAAAACCCGAAGAAGCCUUGAAGGAGGAAAAGCAAAGUAAAAACGCAGCUCAGGUGUCCGUGGAGCCAAGCGUUUCUGAUGCCAGCAAGGCCGCAGCUGCUGAUGUCGUGACCGCGCACGAAGCUGUCGCUGAGAGCAGCACCUCUCCAAAAGCGCCCGCUCCAGCUCCUCUGGACCUGGCUGCCCCGCCAGUUCCCCUCGACGAGGGGAGUCAGAGUGGGUUCAAGAUACGGUCACCCAUGGAGAAUGCAUCCAUCACGCCGCCGGGCGCCCCAAACACAGCCCUUCCUGCCGUCCCCUCAGCAGCAGCCAAGCUGCCCACCCCCGUGCCAGCUGCGAUUGUCCCCCUUCACUCCGGCGCUGCCAAGGUGCCAGAGUGGAUGGUAAGGCAUGAGGAAUCCCGUGCCCGUUCCACGCCCCCGCCCGCUCUCCCACCAGACACGAAAGCGUCAGAUAUCGAUACGAACUCCAGCACUUUGAGGAAGAUACUCAUGGAGCCCAAGUAUGUCUCGGCAACGAGCAUAACCUCCACGCACGUGACGACGACGCAUGCUGAGCCGGUGAGCGCACCUCGUUUGGAGGAGACACCCCUCCACCCCGCGGUAGAGGCCAUAAAGCCAGUUUCGGAGGAGAAGCCAGCAGUUCCGAUCACCAACGCCUUGGACCCACCGGUGGCCGAAGCACCGGUGUUCAGCGAGAAGGAAAAGCUAAGUACCGUGAUUGCUCCCAAAGCCACUUCUGUUAUCAGCAGGAUGCCCCACAGUGUAGAUCUGGAGGAGGCUCCGAGGAUCACCUUGGUGAAGCAAGCUCCCCAAACCCAAACGUGUCUCGUCAAUGCUCCCUCACCGAAAUUUAAGCAGAGGUCAAGCACAAAUGAUAACAGUAGGUUUCACCCGGGAUCGAUGUCUAUUAUCGAGGAGAGGCCUGUAGAGACUGGGUCCAGUCCAGGGCUGCGGGUGAACACCUCGGAAGGCGUAGUGCUUCUGAGUUACUCGGGGCAGAAGACAGAAGGCCCUCAGCGAAUCAGUGCCAAGAUCAGCCAGAUUCCCCCAGCCAGCGCUGUUGACAUAGAGUUUCAGCAGUCUGUAUCCAAGUCUCAGAUUAAACAGGAACCUAUCACGCCAUCUCAGCCGACGCCGAAAGGCUCCCAGACCUCGGCAGGUUACGGGACUGUUUCCACCCAUUCUUCUUUGGUACUAGGAACUCAACCUUACAAUACGUCGCCCGUCAUCUCCUCCGUUAAACAAGAGCGUACUGCGCUGGAGAAAUCUGACUCAUCCCACCUUUCUGUCCAGACUCCAGCGUCUCAGCCCGGUAAAGUACUCACGCAGACUGUAAACACUCCACCUGUACUCGUCCACAACCAGAUGGUUGUGAACAAAAAACUGUCUGAUCCAGCUGCUCUGAAAGUGGAGACCAAGACUCUGCAACCCUCCAACCUGAGUCCUGGAGUUAGUCCUCACCACCCUUCCCUCUCUGGGAAAAUGCAUUCGGAAGCAAACCACGUCAGCUCGGGACCCAGCACCCCGACCGACCGGGCGAUUUCCCACUUGGGGGUCACCAAACAGGAGCCGCACUCGCCACGUACUAGCGGGCACUCGCCAUCGCCAUUCCCCCGGACUUGUCAUCCUGGCAGUACCUCGUCUCCGGCUUUAUCGAGCAGUACCCCGGUCAUGCUGGCGCCAGGAAUUCCCGUCCCUCAGUACAUAUCCAGCAUGCAUCCCGAGCAAUCUGUUAUCAUGCCCCCUCACAGCGUAACGCAGACUGUGUCCCUGGGCCAUCUGUCCCAAGGCGAGGUGCGAAUGAACACCCCUCCUCUCUCCGGCAUCCCUUACGGCAUCCGCCCAGAAGCGCUCCACUCCCCCAGAGCUGCUCUGCAACCCCAGAUAGAGAUCAAACCUCAGCGAUCCAGCACGCCCCAGCCAGCUCCGAUACGAGACAUCGUCAUGCCUCCUCUGUCUUCUCAGCAUGCCCCCGAGGAGGAGAUGCACUACCACCACACCACGGUGUGCAGGGGGCCGGCCCCCGUUCAGUCUGACGUGCUGGUGAUGCAGCCGGAUUACCGCAUGCACCCCACGAGCAUCAGGCUCGACCAGUACAACGUUCCCCGGGAUGUGAGGAUGAUCAUGCACCCGCACAUGGCCACCGUGGGCGAGCACCACUCGGAAACGAGACAAUCCCGAACGCCUGAAGGGGCUGUGAAAACUCCUCCCGUCAGUAAGACCCCGCAGCCUGGAAAAGAGACGCCAAAAUCCUCCGAAGGCAAGAUGGCACACUCUCCUCACAGCGAGCCUCGGCUCCUCAGCGUCCCCUCCAGCAGCCAGCUGCCUGGACUGCCUUUGACGCAGCCGGUGGUGGUACCGCACGGGGUACAGAUCAUGCACCCUGCGGGGAGCUCCUUUCACGAUUAUCGGUCUGUGUAUGGCGACAUGAGGAAUUACCACACGGCGGCACAGCUUGGGCAUCCUCAGUUCCCAGGUGCCUCGCCGAUCGGGUUGCCUUCCCGGAGCAUGACCCCAUCUCAGGGUCUACCGGAGGGCGAACACUCGCACCCCAGCCAGCCUGGACGCAGCAAGACUCCUCAGAUCCCCCAGGAUCCCAAGGGCCCGCCGGCAGCAGGACCAGAACAGAGUCACCACCCCACUGUAAAUAGGCAUGCGGCACCAAUAGACCCUCACGUCCACCUUCAGAGGGCACAAGCAGACACGGGCCAGACCUCCUAUCCUUCGCCUGUUGCCAUUUCAAUGAAACAGGAGCUUCCAUCACCGCACCAACCUCAGGCGGUUCCCAAGCAAUCCAUGUUUAUCCCGACGACGUCGGGUCCCGGGGCCCCGCCAGGGUUGCCCCUCAAUCGCCCCGAGCCCCAGUCCGCGCUCAAACAAGAGCCAUCUCCUCACCCCGUUUCGCAGAGACCUGUGGAUAUGGUUCAGCUUCUGACAAAAUACCCGAUUGUCUGGCAGGGCCUUUUGGCUCUAAAAAACGACACGGCCGCUGUUCAGCUCCACUUCGUCUCCGGUAAUAACGUCUUGGCGCAUCGGUCCCUGCCGGCGCCGGAGGGAGGACCGCCGCUGCGAAUCGCUCAGCGCAUGCGACUGGAGGCUUCGCAGCUGGAGGGCGUCGCGCGCAGAAUGAUGGUGGAGAGCGAUUACUGCCUAUUACUGGCCUUGCCGUGUGGCCGAGACCAGGAAGAUGUAGUGAAUCAGACUGAGUCACUGAAGGCCGCGUUCAUCAGCUACCUGCAGGCCAAGCAAGCUGCAGGAAUCAUCAAUGUUCCCAACCCCGGCUCUAACCAGCCUGCCUACGUUCUGCAGAUCUUCCCACCCUGCGAAUUUUCGGAAAGCCACCUAUCCCGCCUAGCCCCGGACCUCCUCGCCAGCAUCUCCAACAUCUCUCCUCACCUGAUGAUUGUCAUCGCGUCGGUAUGAGCUGUUUACCGGUUACUGACUUUACGAUUAUUUUUUUUUCCAAGGCCCUGCAGCAAAAAAAAAAAAAAAGCCCACAAAAACCACAAAAAAAACAAAAUUAAAAUAAAAAUAAAUAAAAAGAGAGAGAGAAAGGAAUGAAACAAGAAAAUGCUGCCAGACUACCAGCCUCCUGCCCUAACCGGCCUCGAUCAAACUGUUGCUGGGUAGCGGUUCCGCUACCUUGUAUGUUUACAUAUUGCUUUAGCUUACGGACAACUGAUGCACUCAGCAGGCGGACUGGUAUUGGGUUUCUGUGCCUCCUUUUGGGGAAAAGAUAAAGGAUGGCUUAUUUUUUUUAACAAAAAAAAAAGGAAAAAAAUAAAAAAGAACCUGAACUGCCUUUGCACUAAAUUAGUGACUCGGACCUUUGCACAGUUGGAGACACGCUGUGACGUUCUGGAUGUCUUGACACACAUUAACACGCGCCGUGGACUAAACGCAGGACCUGGGGACUUCUGCUGAAAUUUGUGGGUCAAGGAUCAUUUCACACAUUAUCUUUUUUUUUUAUUUUAUUUUAUUUUAUUGGUUGUUGGUUUUUUUGGUUUUUUGUUUUGGUUUUUUUUGGUUUUUUUUUCUGGAUGUGAACCUUCCUCUCCUCCACUUGCCCCUGCUGCAGCCGUCUUCUCUUCAUCUGGGAUGUACAGUUUACACUGAAAAAAAAAAAAAGAAAA